GCGCUGAUCUACGGUAUUUAUACCAUCGGAGCUCUGACCCUCGGAGUUAAUCGCGAUAGGGUGACAAAACACUGUUUACAUCUGUAAUUUAAAGGUUUAAGUUUUUAUUGUGUGAUUUUUCUCUUCGAUUUUACUGUAUUUUAACUGAUUUUUUACUGGUUUUAAACAUGCCACGUAAAGGAACGGAUUUUUUAAAACGCUUAAUCUUCUUCGCGAGCAAAUACAGCGAAAGAACGAACCUAAAUUUCGGUAAAAAGAUGACACCUUUGCUGAAAUAUUUUGGCGUCUUUGUUGUCAGCACUGGCUCUGUUCUGUAUCUGUGUGAAAAGCCACGACCUUUAUUGGCCUCUGAAGAACACAAACGAAAGAAAAUCGUAGUCUUGGGAUCCGGGUGGGCUGCUGUUAAUUUUUUAAGGUAUAGAUGGCACUGACAAAAAUUAUACAAUAAAAUAAAAUGUGUUUGAUACUAAGUGUCAAAAUAAGUAGAUUGCAAAUUUGCAAGCAAUCUCUUAGGAAUUAGAAGACAAUAAAACAGCAGCCAUGCAUGUUAUUGCCAAAUUCACUGAAAGAUAAGGGAUUCUUUGUUGAUAUGUCACCAAAAUGGCUGCUGUGAUAUCAAGUACAUUUUGUUAAGAAAUUCUAAAUUAUGCAUAUUAGGAUGUUAGGGCACAGAAUAAGGUACACAGAAGGUCGACUCGAGUAACGCUGCCACGCCAUGAUUCAUCAUCAAAAUGCUGACGCCAUGGUCCUAGCCAGUGCGGGUUUGAGAGGCAUUCCCCCCCUGGACAUCCGCCAUUUUGAAUAAUAUCAGGGGGGCGAAUGCCUCUCAAACGCGCACUGGCUAGGACCAUGGCGUCAGCAUUUGAUGACGAAUUACAGGUUACGCCAAAAUCAUAGCAAAAUCAUAGGAAAAACAAAGAAGUCGGCCUUCUGUGUACCUUCUUCUGUGGUUAGGGUUUGUAAUCCAAGUGAGAAUAUAUACAUUUUAAGACCUAACUAGGAACGACUGCGAAAAAUGCAGCACAAGGUCCUCUGGUAGGAAUUGAACCCACGGCCCUGCGAACUUACGGUUACAGCUCAACUUACUGUUACAGCUCAACUUACGGUUACAGCUCAACAGCUGGCCUCUGUAGCUCAGUUGGUUAGAGCGCUGCACCGGAAUUGCAGGGUUGUUGGUUCAAUUCCUACCAGAGGACUUUGUGCUGCAUUUUUCGCAGUCGUUCCUGGUUAGGUCUUAAAAUGUAUAUAUUCUCACUUGGAUUACAAACCCUAACAUCCUAAUAUUAAUUUGACCAAGUGAAGUGCAAGAAUCUAAAUUAUGCAUCACGUUUUUAAGGAACCUCAAGCCAGAUUUAUAUGACAUAGAAAUUGUUUCACCGAGGAAUUAUUUUUUGAUGACACCUUUGCUGCCCAGUGUGACAGUCGGUACACUCGAAGCUCGAAGUCUUGUAGAGCCAAUCAGAAAAAUCUACAGCAAAUGGCAUAAGACAGGGGUUCAGUUUCACGAGGCAAAGUGUAUGGACGUUGACAUUGAAAAACAGCAAAUUAAGUGUAGAGAUAUAUCAGGUUGGUUUGACGAAAUCUAUUUAUCUAUGAAUAUAUAUCUACCAUUUUAAUAUUGAAAAACGCAUUGAACGGAAUAUGACAAUCCAAUUAUUACAAAAUGUGGCGACUACAAAAUUAAACUUCAAUUGAUUUUCAUUAGGUAUUACUAGCUCGAAUCCAGAAUUCACGUUGAACUAUGAUCUCUUGGUUGUUGCUGUUGGUGCAAGGAAUAAUACUUUCAAUACGCCAGGAGUUGAACAGCACUGUCACUUUCUGAAAUCUAUCAAAGAUGUUCGACAGAUCAGGAACAGUAUUGUAGAUUGUUUUGAGACAGCUGCUAUGAAAGGUCAAUCAGAAAGUGAUAUUAAAAGGUUGCUGCAUUUUGUUGUUGUUGGUGGUGGACCAACAGGUAAGUUAGUCUGUCAGUUGUUUGACUUGUUAGUCAGCUAAUCAGUUCUGACCGUUGGUCAGUAAUUUGGUUGAUUGGCCAGUUGGAAAAUAAGUCAAAUAAAUGUAAAGACUGAUUCAUUCUUCUUGUGUGAUUUCAGGUGUAGAAUUUGCAGCCGAGCUACGAGAUUUUGUGAAAGAAGAUUUAAAUCGACAAUAUCCAGGACUUGCCGAACAUGCUCGGAUUACACUUGUACACAGCCGAGAUCACAUCUUGAAUAACUACGAUGAACAGGUAGAGGCCAUUAAUGUACACGAAAGAUAUUUUAAUUCGCAAUAAAGGCUGUAUAUGAAGUCAUCAUUUCUUAAAACCGAUUUACACUACACAACUUUUGCCUAAACUGUCGCAUGCAACCUUCUUACAAAUUACAACUUACUAAAGUUGCACUGUGUAAAUCAAGCACACAACUCACCUGCACAACAACAUAAAUUGUAAACAGGUUGCAUGUUUUUUAGGCAAAUAUUGUGUAGUGUAUUAAAAUCGGUCUUUACAUGCAGUAAAUUCAAAGAAAUAUAUUAUUAUAGACAUGGAGUCGACAAUCACCCUUGCCUUAUAUAAAUUUCAGAUAAGUGAAUAUACAGAGAAGCAUUUCAAGACGGACUACAUAGAUUGUGUGACGGACUCGCGUGUUACUGAAGUGAAUGAACAAUCAUUGGUCAUUAUGAAUAAAAAGACAAAAGAAAAGAGGGUAGCGACGUAUGGUGCUUGUGUUUGGGCCACUGGGAUUGCACCAUCACCUUUGACCAAGGAAAUUGCCAAGAAACUUCCUGGCCAGACAAACAGGUUAAUAUUGUACCUUUUGGUGCUUUUGAAUGGGAAUUGAUAUAAAUGUAAUCAAAAUGUAAUCCUUAUGCUGUUUGUGGAAAAGCCCAGAUUUUCAUCAGUGGCUGUCAGUACAGUGACGAUUAUCUGGGCUUAUUAAUCAGUGUCUUUGUCUUUGACGUAAUUUAAGUACUAUUAGUCUGUUUCAAACACGAACAGGAGGGCUUUAUCUGAUAUAAAACACGAGGCAACUGUCAGCCGAGUGUUCUAUAUCUGAUAAUGUACGGAUUGCGAGUGUUUUAAAUGGCUUAAAACACGACUCAUCUAGUUAUGAGUUCUUUCGGGAAGAACAAAAAUCAACAUUGUCUAUGCCGAGAAAAUCAAAGCUAAAGUUUAUGCAAAUUAACAUGAUUCAGUUUUAGCACAUAUAAAACCACGACACGGUAAUGAUUUCUUUGUCUUUUUUCUUUCUAUUUAUUUGCCAGGAAUGGUUUAAUAACAGACGAAUAUCUCCGAGUAAAAAACAGUAACGGAACGAUAUAUGCCGUUGGGGAUUGCUCUGUCGUAGAACAAGAGAAAAUUGUUGAGAAUGUUGAAGAGUGGUUUCAAAAAGCGGACAGAGACGCAGAUGGCACAUUGACAAUGGAGGAAUUCACUGGUAAAUUAGAGAGCCAUUAUGUAAGAGUUAAUUACCGAGAAGGAGGGCUUUAUGCUAUAUACAGCCCCGAGAACGCGAAGCGUUCGAGGGCUUUAUAUAGCAUAAAGCCUGACAUUCUCGGUAAUUAACUGACUUAUUUCAUGAUUGAAGAGGUUUUCUAACAAAGUUUUAUUCUUUUUUUUUCGAUUUCGACAAGUAUUUUUCUAGUUUUCUCCCUUAUUUCUUGACUAAUUAGGGCUUUAUGGUAUUCAAGGGCAUUAUGCUAUAUACAGCCCGCGGUACAUCAAAGAAAACCGAGUCAAUCAUGAAAUAACUACUUUUGUUACCGAGCCUAGCUUAAUGGACAACUUGCAUGUUAGACUAAAUUUUAAUCUAAGUAAAGAGAAGGGAAUCAACAUCACAGUUAAAAAGAACAUAACGAAAUUAGUAAAAUUGCAAAAUUUGGUUGCGAAAUGUUGUAAAGCUUGGAAAAUAUAUAGCCUUGCAAAGUUUCCAAAUUUUGUAUAUGUUUGUAUUACGUGCGGAAAUUGUUACCAUUCUCGGCUGAAAAAUGGUAACAAUUUCCGCACGUAAUACAAACAUAUACAAAAUAUGCAAACUUGGCAAGGUUAUAUUUUCGGUAUUUUACAACAUUUCGUAACCAAAUGUUGCAAUUUUACUAAUUUUCAUUACGGGAAUUUAAUUUUUUUGCCCAGAUCAAAAAUUAGUCUAACUUGUAAGUUGCUUAUUGUUCUGCCUCUUACCUCCCUUUACCGGCCUAGUUUUCAUCAUGCGUUUAUAUAUUUCUAGGUAUAAUGGAAGAAGCAAAACGAAAAUAUCCACAAGUCUCUUCUUACUUUUCAACUGCCUGGCAAAAGUCCUUAAAAAAGUAAGAAAUGUAUAUAUACUGGAGUACUGGAGCCUCUUAGGUUCAUCCUUUACUGUUCCAGUGUUACGAUAGCAGGAAACCUAAACAUUAUUUAUUAUGAAUACCUCUGUCAAUUCUAAGCGAUCCCGUUAGUCCUUUUAACCUUAUUAAAGGAAAUUUUCCAUUGCAGUCGCUUUGCCCGCGCGGGCGGACACUUCGCCGACGGCCUUAAAGGUACGUUUACACGCUGCGAUUUGUCGGGCCGAUUUUGCUCGCUGUAUGUAAACAACCUGUCGUGAGUACUCGCGUCAGCACAUUGCGAUUCACAAAAUCGUGAGAAAAAUCUGUAACAAAACCACAGAUUUUCUCACGAUUCAACGAUUUUUCUUCCGUUGUAAAGUUGUUGAAAACUUUUCGCACGCAGAAAACUAUAAUAUGAACAGACGAGAGAGCGGACAGCUUCAAUUGAACGUUUAAAUCGCUAAAUGUCGAAGAAGGCACAUCGAUUUUUUUUCAAAAUCGGCCCGACAAAUCGCAGCGUGUAAACGUAGCUUAAGACAGAUUUAGAUCGAGGAUGCGGACGUCAAAGACGACGUGAAAAUGGCGUCAUGGCAUAUCCAUAUGUGGCCACAACACGCCAUUUUCACGUCGUUUUUGACGUCCCCGUCUUCGAUCUAAAUCUGUCUAAUAAUUAUAUUCAGACAACGUCCCUAUUGCAGGAAUCGACGAACCACGCAGUGAUCGCAAACCCCAAUCAUUGAACGCAAAGACGCACAUAAUACUUUUCUCUCCAUUGAUUGAACUUAUAAUAUUUCUUCUUUUCAGAGCUUUUAACGAAGUUGACAAGGACGGUAACAAGAGGUUGAGCAUGAGUGAAUUUCGAGAAAUUCUUAAAAAGGUGGACAGUAAGCUUCGCAGUUAUCCAGCUACUGCGCAAGUCGCUUCACAACAAGGCCACUAUCUAGGCGAUCUCUUUACAAACCUGCAUUCACAAGAGCAAAAUCAAGAUUUCAAAACUCUAGGCUUAGGGCCAUUCAAGUAUCGACAUUUGGGUUCAUUUGCCUAUGUCGGUGACGACAAAGCGGUUCUUAAGGUACCGAUGUUUGGUAGUUUGUCCGGCUGGUGGGUCAUGUGGCUCUGGAGAGCAUCGUAUCUGAACGAAUGUGUUGGGUGGCGGACGAGGUUUCUAGUUGCUUUCGAUUGGAUCAAGACCAAAGUUAGUGGACGCGAUACUUCACGAAUUUAGCUCUAGUGUAGUUUAGUUCUAUAGUCCCAAAUAAUCAAGUCACGUUAUCCGUGCUGCAUGUAUAAUACAAGAUAAAUUAUCAAGACAAAAUAGCUUGAAAAGCAUGCACUGGUAGGAAUUCUAAGAGCAAUCUUGAUAGUUUGUCUCACACAAUAUACCGAAAGACGUUACAUAAUUGAUAAAAAUCAAGAUAAAAUCUUGACAUUAUAAGUAUUAUAAUAUUGGACUUUGAUAUGCUCAUUUUAUUAUUGUAUAUAGUGAAUAUAGUUUCCUGAUGUUGACUACUGUACACUGUAGUUGAUAUGUAG